AUGGCAGAUCCCCUUAGCAUCAUCGCGUCCGCGCUCACCGUUGGCGCAAGUGCAGCGCAACUUUCGCUCGCUCUCUUCAGCGUAGUUCAGACACUCAAGAAUGCACCCCGAGAGAUAGCAGAAAUCGAUACGCCUCAAAAACUAGCAGGUCUGAAGUGGUUGAUAAACAAGCCCAAGGCGAAAGGUCUACUCAAGAAGGUCGAAGGCAUCAAGACCGCCCUGAUUCUGGAAUUGAACAUCGUUCGUCUUGCAAGAGAAGAGGUUGUUCGACCACCAGAAUACUCCGAGCUGGACCCCGACGCCCAAGCCCGACCCAUCCCAAAGUCCAAUCGGUUCCGUAAGAUUGUGGAAAGUGCUGUCCAGGCAAACCGGCAAGUAGUUGAGAGUGCGCAACAGGAAGAAGAUGAAUCCGAGACUGCCAAACGACACUACACCACCGCAGAAAUAGAUGUAUGGAAAGAAGGGUCCUUUGACACUGCUACAUGGCUCUACCAUUUCGUGUUUAGCUCAGAUGACGCAGAUCCUCCACCAGUGCUGAACCCGCGAACACGUCGACUCCAUCAAGCAUCCGUCACCGAUGAAAGCACGGAGACAACUGCGAGAAGCGCUUACUCCUCUUCUUCUGAAGAUGGCAUUCAGAAUAACAGGCGAUCAUCAGGUCCAGAUGAAAAAGCCUUGAUUGUUUGGAGCAGACAAACAGAGCCUGCCCUAGUAGUAGACAGACUGCUCUCUUCAUGGACGACGCUCACGACCGACCAAAUAAGCCUUAGCUCCACCCGCCACGAUGGCGACGACUGGAGGGAAGGAGUAAUGAGGAUGGUGGAAGAGGCAAGAAAGGAGGACGAGCUAUCUUUUGCUCAGUGGGAACAGCAGAACGCACCUGUCAGAUCCGAUGACGAAGAGUUCCAGAGCGCCGAAGAGGACAGUACUGUCGGUGUCAAUGUACCGACGUGGAAUUUCCGUGACAAUGUUCAACGCGCCCGAAAACGGAACACAAAGUCUUCUGAUCGUACCAACCUGUGGGCGGAUACAGAUGGAUACUCACCAACUUACACCGACGGUAGGUCCAAGCGAAAUGCUGAGGAGUCACAUGUGAAAUGGCAGGAUGCAACGCCACCGAUGAGCCGGCCCACUCCACGUCCGCUUAGACAGAGGAGGCAUACAGAUAAACCGCGAUCUGUAGAUGCCGAAGUCAGAAGGCCUACAUCCAGAGUUCAUACGAUUCAUAGCGACCAAACGGACUCAGUUUCAAGCCCACCGAAUGAUGACUUCAACUAUAACAAAGCCACCUCAGGUUAUUUCAGUCCUUACGCACCUGGCUACCACCCGCCACCUGUCAGUUAUGGAUUUAUGCCACCUUGGCGAGACUCGGCACAAAGGCCACCAGUUCCACCAAUCCAUCAAGAACCACCGAAACAAGCAUAUGUAUCAGCUGAUCGACACUGGUCAUACUCAUCGCCUCCUCCAAGUCCUCCACCAGCCACUGCCCAAAGUCCACCUUCACCUCCACCUCCACCUCCACCUCCACUUCCACCAAAUUCAGCCCAAUCGGUAGACAAGAGUUUUACGACGCCUGAGAUAGAAGCCAAAGAGAAUGCUGUUCUCGCUGCGGUAGAAAAGCUACUUGAAAAGCGCAACCAAGAAUCACGAAUCGAGUAUGAGCAGCUACCAUUUUCGAAACUGGCGCAAAUAUUGCAAGAGCGCGAGGUUCAAAACGAACGAGAACGAGCUAAUGCAGCAAAUGAGGUGUAUGUUAAGCAACUGCAAGAGGCCCGUGAAAAAGAUGGUGAAACAAUGCAGCGACUUGAAAGCCUUGUAGCGAAUCAAAAAGCAGAGCAAAGGCGCAUGGAAAUUAUGUGGCAGGAGGAAAAGAAGGCUAUAGAAGAAAAGAACGCAAAGCAAGCUGAAGAAGUGAGAGCUUCGGCAGCGAAAGAAAUCGCAACAGCACAGUCGGCGAAAGAAGCAGCUCAGAUCGCUCUGAAUAUUGAGAGGCUGGAAGCAGAAAAGGAAGCACGGAAACGAGCUGAUGCCAUGGUAGUAGAAGAGAGGAGAAAGACUGAGGAAGGACACAAGUUACAGUUACGGCGGUAUGAAGAUCUAGUCCGUGGGUUGCAAGAGCAGCAAAAGUUGGACCAAGACAACGACCAGCCAGUUCGUCGCACUCGCAUUGCGGAGGGCAAUCGUAGUGUGGACGUGACAGAAUACGUGACUAGUAAACGAGCUUCUCCUCUGUCCUCGUCUUAUUCGUCGCUGCAAGAUGGCUUUGCGCGCUUGGAAACGAGGUCGGAUAGGACAACAGACCAUUACUGGCCUCAAAGACGCCCCCGCCAUGAUAGUUUUCGCAGCUCAACAGCCUCUCUCCAGUCCUCGCGUACUUCACUGGGCAACACAAACAACUCAGAUACGGAUCCAAGAUCUCAGCAGAUGAUCGUUUUCCCCGUCCAAUCCGACAGACACUCCCACAAAAUAGCCGAGUUACAGACCUCGCUGGCUGCAUUUGGGAUCAAUUCCGCUUUCGAAGAUCCUGAAGAACCACAACCCUUAGACUUCGGUCAGCUAGUACCGUACAAGUACGAAGAUGCAGGUGAUCAGAUUAUUAGAAGCACCAUCUUCUGGGAGUCAUCCGCGCUUAGUCUAGGCAGUGAACUUUUGUUGACUAUGAAGCAAGCCGGUUGGAGACCAACAUACACUCGUAUAUCCGGAAAAGGACAGACUCACUAUCUAGGUAGUCAGCCCGUUCAUACCUACUUCUUCAGCCCUGACUAUAAGCCGCAAUUUCGACCCUCGACAACAGCUCCAGGCAAGGAGUCCAUCACUAUUCAAAAAGCUUUGAUCGAAGAGUACGCACUCAAGGAAUUGGGCUUCGGAUAUCAAACCAAUGAAGCAGGAACAUACAUUCUUGAUGGCAGGUUGACAUAUAGCGACAUCGAAACACUUAUUGAACGUUCGUUCCUAAUGAGGGAGAACAAUCAUCGGAGAUUGCACCGGCCGCUGCAAUGGCACUACGAUAAAGAUCCCGAGGUACCCAUGAGUCCUUAUCCGGGCACGCAUGCACCUUCGCUAUAUUCGGCCUCAUCUGUAUACUCCGGUGAGAAUUCCACAGUGUGCCAGGAUUCCGACACGGAGACUCAAGGCAAGAAGAGCUCUUCCGUCUCUGAUACCGAUCAUUUUGAUACUGGCGAUGUCAACAACUUUCUCGUCCCCCGUGCCAACAAGUCAAGGAGGUCGGAGACACCGUCUUCCGUGGCUUCACGGACUUCGAGGGCAUCGAAAUCGACAAACCCAUGGGGUAAGUAUAUGAAGGUUACGGAAGACACUGGUUUCGACGAUAGUUCCAGGUUGUCUGGCUCACCAAAUCUCAUAGAUUGA